CAUGGCUACGUGACGUUACCAGGGGCUCUCCACCACAGAAACAUGGCCGUGCAGAGCUGGGCUGAGCAACUAAAAUCAUCAAAGAAAACAGCUUUAAUAAACAGCGGAAAAAGGAAGGUCCAUUACCUCUUUGCAGAUGGAAAAGAAAUGGCUGAGGAGUAUGACCUGAAAACAGAUGACCUCAUUGUACGAAAGUGGCGAUGCAAAAGCACACUGGGAGCUCAGGGGCAAUGGCAGAUAGAAGUUGGAGAGUCGCUCACAGCCGCUGGCGCUUCUUUGGAUUCGGAGUUGAUCAAGGAGAACUGCUCCUGUCCUGUCUUCAUGCGUAAAGACACAAAGACCAGUUUCCAGUGGAGAAUCCGCAACCUUCCCUACCCCAAAGAAGUAUUUAGUGUGUCAGUGGAGCCGUCUGAAAGAUGUUGCAUCAUAAAAACCUCCAACAAAAAGUAUUAUAAGAAAUUCAGUAUUUCUGACCUAGAUCGAUGCCAGUUACCAUUGGACUGCUCUGCCCUCAGCUUCACUCAUGCCAGUAACACGUUAAUCAUCAGUUACAAGAAACCCAAGGAGAUCUUAACCCUUGAGCAUGAGCUACUGAAGGAGCUGAAAAAACUGCAGGGGACCAGCGAAGGGGACGGUGACUGCAAAACUCAGUAAAGUCUGACUGUGGGAAGGAGGGAGCGACGCUGCGUUGCAUUCAAAGCGGAACCAAACAUCAACAUUUUCCAAUGCAGUCAGACGUGAGCUUUCAUUUAGUGUCUUUCUUUAUUGGUUCCCUUCAUUAAGAAGACCUCCACUCAGUGCCUUUUCCAUGGUUUAAUGGUUCUCAUUGUGUUUUACUAAUUAGGGUCCAUUUAUGUGAGUUGAUGAAUCAGUGCAGGGGGGUUGUAACUUAUUCAGACAUGUGUAUUUUAUACAGAUGUGAUUCUCUCAAAUAUAUUUAACUAUGUUUUUUAGCCUUGAGUACCUACGCAAAUAUUACAUUUUUUUCACAGAGAGUUAUUGCACAAACAAUUUACAGUCCUCUGAGAAUGGAUGAAAUUUCAUAGCUACUAUAUGUCUUGUUGCUUCUCAUUACAUGUUAUCCUCCACCUUCCAAAACUGGCGAGAAGCAAAUGGGAAGAGGGUCACAUAACAUACCAACCCCCCUUGUAAAACACUCAAAACACACAAUGCCUCGUCCCUGUUCGUUACAGGGUCACCGUUACGAGCACAUCCCAUUUGUGUUAACUGAAUACCCCCAUGUUCCUUGCAUGUAGUGGGCCACCCUGAAAGUCAUUAAUGAAAACUUUGGUUUGCGAGGAAGCUUGUCUUACUGUUCCCCAGAGUCGGCCCUGUGCACCAGGGACACUCUGGCUUUGGAGCUUCCAAUAACUACUCUGUAUUAAGACAGAAAAUGGGCGAAAUGAUUGCAUGAAUUCAUUCCAAAUGACUUAAAAAUUAAUCUCCUGGAAUACACAAAAAAUCCUGUUAAAAAACACCAAGGACUCUCUGCAAAAACAAACAAGAAUAUUAAUUUGGUGUUUCUCAUCUUUCAUUUUGGAACUGUAUGUGAUUAUAUAACACAGUGUAUUGAAGGAGAAAAAUAUACAGCCAUGCUUGACUGCAGAUUAUUUGUCUAUUUUUUUUUUUACCAAGGUCAAUUAAAAAAAAAAAAAUACUACCCUGUAAGAAAUGCUUAGACAGUGGAUAAAAAAGAGCUCCGCUGUUUAAAGGAAACAAUGCCUUUUAAAUACAGAUUGUUUCAACCUUGU